AUCCGUACAUUCUGGAAACCUUGUUACUGUGUACGUGACAGCGUGACAUUUUAGAUUUCUUUCCAUCCAUUGCUCAUGCCGCUGGAUGGGCACUCGUUUCUUGUCUCCCAAGGAUGGUCUGGCAAGGGAACGGGUCUACGUCAGGGUGCAAUAACACGUCCAAUCAUUGUCAAUCAGAAAAAGACGCUUUCAGGUAUAGGGAAAGACCGCGACGAAGCCUUCCCGUUCUGGGAUCACUUGUUCUCAGCUGCAGCAAAAUCUAUUCAAGUCAAGAUAUCCAGUGAUGAUGACGACGAAAGCGAGCCUGUUGUGUCUACUGAGACUACCUUAACGUUGAAAAGAACCACAACAGGAAUACUAUGUAACCGAAGACCUCUAGGUGGAACGUCGGCCUCUUCAUCUGGAACAAGCACGCCAGAUUCCGACCUCAUGCCGCGACUCAGUUUAUUGGCAAUGGCGAAACGCGAAGCGGCUAAGCGCGGUCUCUAUGCCAGAUUCUUCCGGGGUCCUGUUUUAGGCCCUGAUACCAUUCUUUCCAAACCGGAGAAAGGCGUGGAGGCGGAACGUAUAGUGGGCCACGCAUCGUUCCAGAAGUUGAAGGAGACCAAUGUGGACAUACAGUCAAACAAGAAAAGGAAAAGGGGUGACGAGGCAAUGGAGAAGAUGGAGUGCAAAGAGGAUGAUGAGGAAAAAAGAAAGAGAAGACUACGGAAGGCCGAGAAGAAAGCCGCAAAAUUGGCGAAGGACGAGAAGCGAGAGAGGGAACGUCGGAAGCUGAAGAAACGGGCUGACGGUGAUGUUACAAAGGAGGAAUGGAAGCGGCUAAGAAAAGAGUUGAGAGCGUUGGAGAGAGAAGGGCAGCAAAAAGACGAUGAAGACAAACGUGAGAAGCCGAAGAAAUCAGACGAGUCGGAGAAAGCAGAGGGUUCAAUGAAGAAGAGAAAGAAACGACGGAAAAUACGAGAGUCUGACGAUACUCCAGAUGCCGCUGACGAUGCAGGCAAAUCUGACAAGGUCCUGAUAGACAAGAAGCGGAAACGAGGAGAAUCUCCACCGUAAAUCUCUCGUUUCGUUCACACUUGGUCAAGACUUGCAGUUUUACAGUAAUG